AUGGAUUUCACCGGGCUCCCGGAGAUUGUGAUGGACUCGAGGCUGGAUGUCCGGUUCGCAGAUGAGGGACAGCGACGAUACACCAUCCACCCGCAGGCUGCCACCAGGCGGUCUCGGUAUGUCGAAGAGCGAUGGGUCCAUGAGAAAGUGCUGGGCCAAGGCGGCCAGGGCUCUGUAGACUUACAGGUCAAGGACAUGGGCAGACCUGGGACACUCCAGCACCGAGCAGUCAAGAAAAUCAGGCUCCAGCGUGGGGAAGCCCGGCAGACAAAGAUGAUUCAGCGAGAACUGGAGGCCAUCUUCAAGUUUUCUCAGGCGAGGUAUUCUGAGCUGUUCGUCCAGUCGUAUGGGUGGUUUGUUAGCGAGGGACUGAUCUACAUCGCUAUGGAAUAUCAUGAGCUUGGAGAUCUGCAGACUUUCCUCAACGAUCCCUCUCAGUGUCCGAGCAACCAGCUGCCGGAGCAUGAUGUUCAUGAUAUAUCUCUUCAGGUGCUGGAUGCCUUGUGCCUUAUGCAUGAACAGGGCUUCUCUCAUCGAGACCUCAAGCCAGCAAAUAUUUUAAUCAAACACCAGCCCCCAAACCCUUGGUGGGUUAAACUGGGUGACUUCGGAAUCAGCAAGCGAGGCGGAGAAAUGUCACAACUGACAACCAUCGGAGGAACCCUAUCCUUCAUGCCUCCAGAGCUGUGUUUCCACAGUACCCGUCUCAGUACGCGACCAUUUGCUGCCGACAUGUGGAGUUUUGGCGCGACGAUAUAUCGGAUGUUCACAAGCCAGCCGAUGUUUGACGGGGAUGCCUUGCUCGACUACUGGCAAGGUCGUGCUUCUUUCCCUGAUGAAGCAUUGCGCCGUCUGAAGGUCAGCAAUGCUGCUAUACAGUUCAUCACAAAAUUGAUGGCCCCCGAAUCGGAGAAAAGGAUUUCGUCGGAGCAGGCAUUGCAACAUCCCUGGAUCGAUGUGCCUCUCCCACAGCAGCACCAAUCUGAAUCUACCCCAAAAGACCAAACGCUUCCUUUCCGUCCACGAUCUAUGUCCAAUCAAAACUCGAUUACAAUUGUCUCUUCAACAUACUCUAAUGUUUGGCCAGAUAAACGUUCAACCAUGGCAACACAAUGGCAACAGACAACCUAUUCUAAUCUCUGGCCUGAUUCCGGUUCAACAACCCCAACCUCUUAUUCAGGGUCUGCUCGUACGCCGCACCAAACCAGUCUGCUUAGUAUUGACCCCUCCACGCAGAUCCGCCCGGCUUCUCAACCGUCAGCCAGCAAUACUUCAGUCCACACAGCGGCAGAUCCAGGUGUACCCGGAACCCACCACCAUACAUUAGAGAAGUGCCGAAAGCUAAACGGCAAGGCAGAGGAAGCCUUCAAAGAUGGGAAUUACCAGCUGGCUGAGACGAUAUACCGCGACGCGUGGAAAAUAAAAACACGGACCUUCGGAAAUGAUCACCCCGAGACAGUGGACAGCAAGAUGAAACUUGCAGAGGCAAUGGCAGAACAAGGAAACGAUCAGAAACUUCUCAUGGCCGAAUCAAUGUUUCGAGAAGUUUGGCAGCUCAGGAAAGCUACAUUGGGGGACGGACACCGCGACACGCUCCUCGCGGAGCAGAAUCUGGCGAGUGCCCUAAGUUGCUUGGACAGGGACGAUGAAGCCGAGGGAAUGUUCAGGGGGGUACUUUCGGCACACAAGAAGGCAUUGGGAGACGAACAUGAUGACACGCUCAAGACGAUGAAUGGACUCGCUGACUUGCUCUUGAAUGGCGAGGAGAAUGACGAUGAGGAAAGAGUGGAAGAAGCAGCGGACCUCUUUGAACAAGUUCUCGUCAUCAGGCUAAAAUCACUUGGAGACGAGCACGAGGAGACGGCUUUUGCCAUGCAAAAGGUUUCAUCUGCGUAUCUCCAACAGCGACUCUUUGCCGACGCCGAGGCUCUCUCUGACUGCGCGCUGCACAUCAUACAGCGCAAGUACGGCAAGGAUCACAAGAAAGCUUUUGGUAUCAUGGAGGGGCUUGCUAGUGCUCUUCACAUGCAAGGCAAGGCCGACGCGUGCGAGGAGCUUCUCCGCGAACUUGUCGAGGUUAAAAUACGCGUCUUAGGCGAGGCACAGGCCGUUGAUGUAAUCGACGACCUUGCAGUGCAUCUCAGCCGGGAAGGCAAGAAAGACGAAGCCGAGCAAUACUACAGAAAGGCGCUCCGUAUUCAAAAGGAUGAGGAAAAGAUUGACCAACGCACGCUCACCAUCAUGGAGGCCCUGGCUAUGUUACUUUUCAAACAGGGUAAAGAGGCAGAAGCAAGACGCUUCUCUCGUGAAGUCGUCGACAUUCGGAAAAAGGUCGAUGGCAUUGACCAUCCUGCUACGCUUCACAGCAUGCAUAUCCUUGCGAAACUCAUGUCCGACGAAAUGCGCGCAACAGGAGGAGAGCCAUUAUUAUUACUUGAAGAAGUUGUCUAUCGCCGGCAGAGAACUCUAGGCUUCGAGCAUGAAGAUACAUUGCAAGCUACCGUUGACUUGGCUCAUGUAUAUUCGAAUGUGAAGGAUCACGAAAAGGCAGAAUCAACUUACAAGGAAGUCAUCCGGGUUCAAAGGACAGAAUUGGGUGCUAAACACCCCCAUACGCUUGAUACUAUGAAUAGUCUGGCCUGUUUCUUAGCAAGAGCUGACAGUUUCCUAACAAGAACUGACCGCUUGCCCGCAGCGGAGACGAUGCUGCAAGACGUGAUCGCUGGCCGUCAACAGGCAUUAGGAGAAUCACAUCCGCGUACAAUUGAAAGCAUGGAAACGCUCAGAGAGGUGCUCUCAGAACAGAGAAAGUUCAUUGAUGCCACAAUUGUGGCCGAGAAGAUUGUUGAACUUAAAACUGACAGUCUUGGAAAGGACCACGAAGGGACCCUGGCAGCUACGCUCGCCCUUGCGCGCAUAUACACACACCGAGAAGAGUUUCCUGUCUCUGCAGCUCUGUAUGAUCUAGUCAUCAAAACCAUAACCAAUACCUUCCACGCUGGUGAGGAAAUCUUACGGCUUGCGUUACUGCGUCUUGUGGAGUUACUAUACUCACAAGGUAAAUUUGAGGAGGCUGCGGGGGAAUGUGAAAACGUGUUCCUACAUAUUGAGAACAGCGAGCAGAAUUUAACCAUCGAUCUUGAUCGCUUCAAGACAUCUCUUAUCGAUGAUCUCUGUGAGAUUGGCCUUUCUCUUCUAGCAAGUCAGCUUUAUGAUCGGAAAUGA